AUGUGGGAAUGUUGUGGUUUAAAUUAUGAAAAGCGCUUAAAAAAUCUUGUCCCACAAACUAAUUAUGAAGAGCGCUUAAAAAAUCUUGUCCCACAUACUCUGAGACAUAGAAGGUUAAGAGGUUAUAUAAUUAUGGCGUGCAAACUGACGAGAAAUCCACACCUAACUACAAGUGCUAAAAAAGAAUUGGAGGAGAACUUAGAUAGACCAUUACAGUGGUUGGUAUGCCUUCUACACUGUAACGAGCUGCCAUUUAGAAGGUUUUUGGCAGGCUUGGAUUAUGCUCGAACUACAGGACCUUCCACAUCGACAGGUACAAUUAGCUCAGCUCUAGAAUAUGAUCCGAAUGAAUUGCCUAUCGUUAAUUAUUUGCCAAUUACUGGUAAGGUGACUGAUUGUGAUGAAGCUGUCAAGAAGGAUCUUAGCACAGACCAACUGUACUUUUACACUAACAUUGGGUAUUUAUGUAGUCUUUCUAGUCAGAGUUGGGACCUGUAG